CGCACGGGCAACCCCUGAAGCUCGCACGGUCGUGCACCCUGGCCGUGCGAGAGGGCUGAAGUUCGACUAAAUGACACGCGGCGUUUUGAGUUGCACGGCCAGAAUGGUGAUAUGCACGGCCGUGCACCCUGGCCGUGCGAGUCGGGAUUUCCUGGUUUUAAGCCAAAUUCCGAACCAAAGAAGCGGGAGAGCUGGGUUUUUGGAUCCCAAACACCCAAGGGACGAACCCUAGAGAGAGAGAGCGACUUGGGAACAUUCUUGGAGCUAUUUUGGAGGAUUUCUUCGCCAUUGGAGCUCGGGAAUCAAGCUUGGAGAUGGAGAUUGAAGAUCUAGAUCAGAUUUCUGCAGUCUCUCUCUUCUCUAUGGAGUAACUUCCCUUCACUUAGGUUUUGAGGAACCCUAGCUAUGUUUGUUUGAUUGGAUGAUUGUAUGAGUACUCUCGCUUGAUAAUCUUGAGUUCAUAUUCAAUCUAUGCAUGUUUUCAUGAUUCAAUUCUGCUUUAGUCGAGAUUAUUGAUUCUGCUUUGAUUCUAUGAGAGGGAAUACCUGAUUAGGUCAAUAGAGCACCAUAGAUUGAUAGUAGUGGAUCGAUUGCUUUAGUCGAGGGUUGAUUCACUGCUUUGUAUCGAUUGAGAACCUCUUUCGAUAGAGGGAGUCUAGUUCAGAACGCCUUGAUCAGUUGUUCUAGAGAAGGAUACGUCCCUCUAGGCAAUUGACUCAAGAGGGCCUUGUUCCUUUAGUCGAGACUCAAGGUCUAGUCAAGGAUUCUCCGCAUUGUGAAUGAAAGUGAAACAAGUUGGAAAUCAUCAAUUGUUUGUCUGGCUAGUGGCUAGGGGGAAUCAUACCUAAGUGAGUUCCCAACCUGUAAUUAGAUUAACUUUAACUGUAGUUUGCUAGAGUAGUUUUAGUUCUUUCGUCUUGAUCUGAUUUGCUAAAUAAUAAACUGAAGCUGAGUAAUAGUAACUCUAGAGACCCGUGGAUUCGAUAUUUAUCACUUGAGCCACUAUACUGCAGUCUCAUUCUGCGAUUACACUUGGUCGCAGUGUGGUGUUGUGUCGUAGCGAGUCAAGUUUUUGGCGCCGUUGCCGGGGACUUUCUAGAGUAUUAGGAAAGGCAGAAGUUUGUUACUUUAGCGUUUUUCGUUUCUUUUCUUUUCCACCCUUGCUUUUCACUUGGGUGUUUUUGUUUUUGUUGGUGCAGAUCUGAAUCAUGGAUCCUAAUGGCUUCUCCAAUCAUUGGGAGUAUCCACCACCAUCUGGGUGGUAUUACCCCGAGACUCCGUGGAGCAAUCAAGGCGGAGAAGACUAUGGAUUCGGGUUCCAGUACCAACCCCCUUACUACGGAGAACAACUGGACCCCUGGGCAUAUCAAGAACAACCUCAUUACCAAGAAGAAUUUCUCCCACAACCAGAAGGGCCAUUGGAGCUGGAGUUACCCAUGGCGGCCUUCACGGGCCAUUCUGCAGAGCCAUGCUACACUCCACAGCCAGAUCCACACUAUGAUUUGAGGCUUCUCAUGGAGAGAUCAUGCUCCAGUAUGGAUCAUUGUGUCCAGGCCUAUCGUGAAACAGAGGGGAUCCUCCUGAGCCUUAAGAAGAGCGUCGAUGAUCUUGAGCGAUCUUGGGCGCAACCUGCUCCAGAUCACCCUUCUGCUACCAUACAAGAAGAUGAGGAGGAAGAAGAAGGCUACAAGGACAUUGUGGAGCACACUGAAGUUGUCACGGAGAGCUCCCGUGAUGAUCAUGAUCAGGAGUGUCAUGUCGUAGCCGACCACACCUUCCCACACCCCAAACUGAGCUUUGAAGAGGCGGGCAUGAGUUCGGAGAUGCAAGAAGAUCUCAUGAAAGAAAUUGCUUGGCAACUUGCUCUCCAAUCCGUGCUAGAAGAAGAAGAGCAAGAAAGGGUGCAGAAAGAAGUUGUGGAGGAUGGCGAAAGUGAAGCUGGAGAAGUUCUUGAUCAUUUCCCAGGGGUGAUACCACAUGAAGAAGGAAGGGAGGUUGAAGAAGCAAUUGGCGUCCAGACUGAGGACGAAGUUGAGGUGGAAGAGGCUUGCACCGGCCAUGAGUUACAUGUGAUAUCUCCACCAAACUUCGAGGAACUGCUUAGCAAGGACCCAUUUGCAGUGUCUCUUUGCCAGACCAAGGCCACAUCGACAUCGGUCCCUCUUGGUGGACGCGAUGGUGGUCAAUCGAUGCUGUCAUAUCUGGUUUGGGGCAAUGAGACGAGAGAAAAGAAGAAGAGGUCUCGAGGGUGGAGACGUUAUCUGCAUCAAGUGCACGAGCUUCCAUCACCUGUCAUACCACAUGCUCGUGACUUGAGACUCCACCUCAUCGACGAGAACCUCAACUUCAAGGAGGUUUUGGGGUGGACCGAAACUUAGGAGCCAUCGUCCGGCUCACGACGUGAAAGAAGCGCUUGUUGGGAGGCAACCCAACCAGUCGGUUUGCAUUUCUUUCUCUAUUUCUCUUCGGUUGAGUCAGUUUUGUUCUUUGAUUUCAGAGUCAAUAAUUCAACCUUUGUGAGAUUUUGUGUGGUGUUUGUGUUUCGACUACUUUGUCCUCCUGGAAUGCACCGCCUUCCCCGUCCACAAUCAUUCACCGUUGAUAUGGUAACUUCGUUCUACCCUCCUUAUCUUUCCUCCAUUGAGGACAAUGUCGUGCUUAAGUGUGGGGGGAUGUUCGAUUAUGUAUGUGUGUGAAUGUUUGACUGUUUGUGUCUUGGAGCCUAGUCCACUGUCCAAAUUUCGAUUUGAGGGCUCCAAGUACGUGUUCCAUGCAAUUGCCUGCUCAGUAUGCUUUGAAUUGACAGUCUUUAUAGUAAUAUGCAACCUAGGGAGGUAGUGUAGCACUAUGGAGGAUGUUGAUGCAUUUAAGAUGUCUCAUUUCUUCUUCAUAUUGUGUUGGUUGAUUGAGUGAAUUAGUGAUCUUAGGACCCCUGAAUUGUGUGGUGUUGUGGACUCUCUACCUGUCAUGGACUCUUGUUUCAUGUUUUGAGUUUAACAGGUGCUCGAAAAAUGUGCUUUAAAAUAACGUCUCCCGUGCGAAUAGAGCGAAAGUGUGUAA